AUGAAGAACGUCGACGUCCUAUAUCGCUUGGGUUUGAUCCAUCUAUUUGACUUAGUGAUAACCCGCUCAAGCGCUUAUGCUUUACGUAAGUGGAGAACGAGUGAAGAACGUAGACGUCCAGUACCGCUUGGGUUUGAUCCAUCUCUCCGACUUGGUGAUAGCCCGCUCAAGCGCUUAGGCUUUACGUAA